AUGUCGGAUUCCUCACUUCCUCCAUCUUCCAAAGCGCCAGCAGGGGCUCCCAAAGGACCGAAAAAGCUGCGCUUCUCUGCCAUGCCACCUCGCACGUACCUCCAGCCUACAGCAAGUCCCUGGGCUAGGAAUCGUGCGCCUUCGCCUGCAAAUCAGCGUCAGAACAGCAGCCCACUCGUCCACAGUCCCCUUCAGAAGUCAUUCGAGCCCGACAUGUCGAAGUCCGAGCCCAGCUCACCACAAAGUAUGUCUACUGAGGAGACGCCCUCACGGCGCUCUCGUCUCAGCGGACAAGGCGCCGGUUCACGAGGCGAGUCCCGCUCCUCUUCCGUUCCUAUGGUCAUUCGCACUCCACAUGGUGCAGAAGACGAGAGCGAGGGCCCUGGUCAAGUCUCUUUGCGCUCGAGAAGCGGAGCUGCCUCUCGCGCAACCUCACCAAUGCCAUUGCCAAUUGGAACUCAAAAUGACCAGGAUCGUCGCUCCGUCAAACAUCUGACUUGCUUCUGGUGGUGGGAGAAAGGUGAAUGCAAGUACUCAGAUGACGAAUGCCUCUACGCACAUUAUGACACAGGUCACUACACGGCCGCGCCUCGCCAGGUCGUUCCAGGCGAACCGGCAAAGGCAGGCAAGUCUCUUGAACGCGCCCUCACCAAAAUUGCUCUCACCAACCGCUCAUCGGCUUCACUGGCUUCGCUUGGCACCUUCAAUGGUAACACCACAGAGCGCGACAAUCUCAGCGUGGGCAGCGGAGCACUCUCCAGACCAGAGACUCCCUUCUCUUCUCGCAGCCGUGCUGGUACACCUUCGCCACGCGCCAGUGUCGAGUUUGGCUACUCUGCUCAGCUACGGAACGACAAUGACUUCCUCCGCGGCCUCGUUCAGCAGACUCAACGUGAAAAACGCGCCUUGAUGGACACGAUCGAGGGACUCCAGAGCGAGAAGUCUCAGUUGACAGCGCAGCUUGGGAACUUGAAAGAGGAGCGAACCACCUUGAUUGAAGAACGCGAAGCCCUCCAGGCGACCAUUAGGACCAUGCAAUUCCCUUCCGGUCUCAAUCAUUACACUCAACAAGGUCUCGCGAUUCCUGCACGAUCUCCAAGCACUGGCAUAUUUCCAGCUCAGAACCCAUGGGGGCCCAUUGGUAGCAAUCGAGGCAAUGGUUCCAGCCGGCCGAACACUCCUGCUGGCACUCCUGCCGCUACUCCGAGCCCACAGUUUCGCAGUUUCACAUACCCGGCCAUUGGUAGCUUCGGCCCCAUCGGAAGCGUUCCCGACUCCAAUGCGUCUGGCGUAAAUGGUGUGAGCGUCUUGCCUUCCCCAACUCUGAACCCAGGUGCCUCUUCUUACGGAUCUGGUAUACGAAUGACAGCUCAAGGUAGCGCAGCCACGGCAAGUCAAGUUGAGAACGAUUUCGGUGGGAACGGCGCAGAUGGAGAAAGACUGCAAAACGUACUGCGACACUUGGGCCCAAGUUUCUAG